UAGGCCUCAACUCCCAUUCAAAUUAACCUCACUUGAUCCAUUGCUGUCUCGAAGCUAACCCCUUCUAAACUAUAAUCACCUCCCUUUUCGUUACCCUAAUCUUCUCUCUUUGCCCAGAUCAGCUCUCUCCAUGGCCUCCGUCCAGGCUGACACACCCGUCCAAGAGGUGAGCGGCGAGCAAGCUGAAAAAUCAACACAGGAGACUCCCGUUCUUGAAGAAAAGCCAGCCACCAGCGAAGAAGCUGAAGUAGUAGUGCACGACGGGGAAGACGAUGAAGAUGAAGAAGAAGAAGAGCAUGAAAAAACCAUUGAAGAGGAAACUCAGAAUAAAGUGAAAGAUGAAGAAAAUGCAGGGUCACCAAUUAUUGGUGAGGCUGAACCAGCUGCUUCUUUUGAUGAUGAAGCAGAAGCUGAAGUUGAAGAAGGUGACUUGAUUUAAGAGAUUACUGCCUCCUCUCUUAUUAAUCAACAAAUUAAUUAAGGUUGUUACGGCUUUUUGUGUGGUUUUAAUUUCUAGCAAAAAUAAUAUGAAAUAUAUUAUUAUAAAUUAAUUAUAUAAUGUUGGCUUGGCUCGUUGAGGCUAGCUUUAUAUAUGCCUUGUCUUAAUUAAUUUGUUUUGUAUUUGUAUGGUUGCUUAAUAGAAAGUUGGUGCCCUUGUUACCCGUGGA